AAUAGGAUUAAAUGGCGUAACGCAAUCCCACACACGUCGUAGGUGUGCGUGCGGUGUCAUAAAAACCAAAGAACACUCUUCCCUUCUCGAAGCGCGUUUCGGUUUUAAGGCCGAUCUCUUGAGAAUCUGCGUUUCAGAAAGCAAAUCACAACCUCUCUUCCCCAGCUACGGAGAUCAACAUCAUCCAUCCAUGGCGAUAAGGUCAGUGAAAGUUGGCAACCUCUCCUCAGGAGCAACGGAGCAUGAUAUCAAAGAGUUCUUCUCUUUUUCUGGUGAAGUUGAAAGCAUUGACAUCCAAGGUAACGAGCAUAGUGCUUAUGUCACAUUCAAAGAUCCUCAAGGAGCUGAGACCGCUGUGCUCUUAUCUGGUGCGAGUAUUGCCGAUCAAUCAGUCAUCAUUGAGAUGGCUCCUGACUACACUCCACCUACUGCCCCUCAUGCUGAAACACAGAGCGGUGGUGUCGGAGGCGCCGCAGAAUCAGUUGUCCAGAAGGCAGAGGAUGUUGUGAGCAGCAUGUUAGCAAAGGGUUUCAUCCUCGGGAAAGACGCUGUCGGAAGAGCAAAAGCUUUUGACGAGAAACUCGGUUUCACUUCAACUGCAACAGCAGGAGUCGCUUCCAUAGACCAAAAAAUCGGUCUAAGCCAAAAGUUCACAGCUGGUACGAGCUUGGUGAACGACAAGAUCAAGGAGGUGGACCAAAGCUUCCAGGUUUCAGAGAGGACCAAGUCAGCAUUUGCCUCUGCGGAACAGACGGUUAGCAGUGCAGGAACCGCGGUGAUGAAGAACCGUUAUGUGUUAACCGGUGUGAGCUGGGCCGCAGGAGCGUUCAACAGAGUUGCUAAAGCGGCUGGAGAGGUUAGUCAGAAAACAAAAGAAAAGGUUGAAGCAGAGCAACCGUCACAACCGUCAGAGUCGGAUCAGCAACCACCGGAAGGGUAUGCUCCGAUUCAUUCGUCUGAAUACUCCAAGAACUAAAUCUCAUUACAGUGAUAAGGUUUCGUUUUUAUACUUUUCUGGUUAGUUUCUUUGAUAUGAAAAAAAAUGUGAACUUGGUUUAUGUCUUUUGGAUGUAACAUAAAAUGUAUGCUUGGAUGUUCUCUAUUAUUACUAACAUAAAAACUAAGCUAUGCAUGUGAUUAAUCUCUGAAAUACAAUUUAUAUUCCUAAAA